CGGCCAAUCCCACGAUGGCAAUUCGAAUCUUCCUUCGUCUGUGGGAACGGCGUCGGCCGUAGAUGCCAUUUCCCCUCUCAUUCAGCAGAGUCCUCCGAGAAGCGAGCGAAAUGGACGAAGCCAAGGCGACGGCAAUGGCUGCUCAUCACCAACAACAGCUGCUACUGCAACAGCACAAAAAGCAACAGCAACAGCAGCAGCAACAAACUCAGCAGCACCAGCAAUUUCUUCUUCUUCAACAAUUGCAGAAACAGCAACAGGCUGCCGCUAUCUCUCGCUUUCCUUCCAAUAUCGACGCCCAUUUGCGCCCACCGGGUCUUCAUCUCCGCCCUGGAUCCAUUAAUCUCCAUCAAAACCUUAACCCUAAUCCAACCGCGUCUGUUCCUAAUUUGCAGUCUAACCCUAGUCCCACUCAACCACCGUCACAACUAUUGCAGCAGCAGAAACAGCAGCAACAGCAACAACACCAGCUGCAACAGAGGGCAAUGCGAACCGGAAACCAGGCGGAACUCCAGAUGGCUUAUCAGGACGCUUGGCGUGUGUGCCAUCCUGACAUUAAGCGCCCUUUUGGUUCCCUUGAAGAUGCUUGCGAGAGGCUGCUGCCUUAUCAUGUGGUGGCCGACUAUGAGGCCGAAGAAGAUGAUAGAAUCCUCGACUCUGAUCCAACUGGCCAAAUGCUGUCACGCUCUCAGCAGUGGGACCAUAACAUCUCAGCCAAAAUUUCUGAAUUCAUUGCCACUUUUGAGAAGCAGGUGUUGGCUUUUAACAUCAUAACUCACAAAAGGACACUGGGGGAGUUCCGUUCAGAAGAGAGAUUGAUGUUUGAACAAGCCCUUAUGCAAGAGGAGAAACGGAACCUCUUGGAACUAAAAGCUGAGAUUGAAUUGAGAGGGAAGGCUGGAAGAGAGGCUCAUGAUGCCAAAAUGCGGAUGGCAGCAAUGAUGCAGACGACUGACCUAACGAGGGCUGAACCACAGGCUAACGAAAUGAUGGUUCGUGGUCCCAUUAGAACAGGUGCACAUGUUGGGUCCCAAAGCAGCAAUGUUCGAGUUGGCCAUGGUGUUGGGGAGCAGGAGCAAGUUCUUCCAAAUGAAAUGGUCAAUGGAUGGGGAAACAACAACACACAGGGAGAUGAUAAAGAAGCAUCAGAGGAUCUAUUAAAUGAUGAGGAGGCUGAGAAUGGCGAUACAGGCAUGCACGAUAGUUGGCGCGAAGUCGGGGAAUUUGACCUGAAUACGAGAUGAAAUCUUGGUGGAACAGCUUAACAAUGGAGUUUAAGUGAAGUAGAGCUGUUUUCUCCAAUCACCGAGGUUCGCUUAAAAUGGGAUGUUCUUGUGUAUUUGACGAACAGUAGAGGACGUGCUUGCAUAUGAGACGAAAGCCGAAUUACCAGUCGAGGAUGAUGGGUACGUUGGAUCUUUGUGUAGGAAAUACAUGUAUUACUUGUACUUCUCUAUAUUGGUGAUAGAAGUAUUACAAUUUCCAAAAGGGAACAUGCUGUACUUAAAAAGUAGUAUAUGAUGUGAUAGAAAAAAGAUUUGGAAAGUAGCAAGAAUUGAAGAGAAUAUGCUUUUG